AAUAUUGGCGAUACGCAAUCACGUUUUGGGCCUAAUCGUCACGGCCGUACGUUGUGUGACGAGUGACGAGUAACGAGUAACGAUUCGUACGUUGCGACUUUAAAAGACGUGCAUGCGCCAGCAGCUACAAGGCAUUUCUGCCAGUGCGAGAUAUCAAGUGACUAGUGACCACAGUUUCAGUGACCGACAGACGUCGUUCCCUCAUAGCGUUCGCACGGUACGAAAAAGUAGCGGUUUCGUAUCGCUUUGAACGUGACAUCCGCGUUAAACAAUACUCAGCGCUUCCGAACUCGUCGAGUGAUCACUAGAAUUCCCAAUAUUUUCUUAUUGUCGCCGAUUCAGUGCGCAAACAGAGAGGGUCAGCUCUCAAAUCGCCGCCCCUUGACUCCCUGUGCGCUUCGUUCGUCGAAUCAGAUCCCCGACCCAAUCUCGUGGGCAACAACAAUAAUACGAUUGUUUCCGAAAUUCGUUCGUGUGACAAUGGCAUUUCAAUGAAUACAAUGUCGCCGUCCGGUUCGCGUCCAUUUUAUUCUCCUCCUGGAGAGCACACCUCCAAUCCCCGUUCAACCACUACCAAUGUCAGACAACCGUCAGAUGGAGAGAAAACUGAACGUGCCCGCGCCGAAGUCUCAGCUGCAGGCCAACAGUAAGGCGGACACCAAGAAAUCGACAGAUUCAUCAAAUUCAAAGUACUCAAAUCGUCAAAAUGGAAAAGCUGUUAAUAUUCAACCUCAGAGAUUUGAAGCUAACCGAAAUAUCAGCUUUAAAAAGAAUUCAAAUAACAGUAAACAGCCGCAACCUCGAGCUAGUCUCUUUUGUAGAAAGAAGAGUUCCGAGGUAACUGAAUCAUUAAAUGAUGUUGAUGAUGAUGAUAUAUUGCCUACAUUAAGGCACAUGAAUCAUAAUAAUAAAUGGAAUAUGCGCAGUGGCUACGGAUCUAGAAAAAAAGAAUUUCCACAAAAAUUCAAUGUCAAACACUUUUUGAUAGCAAAUUGUCAAUUCGUAGUCAAGUUUGGAAAAGAUUAUUCUCAGUGGAUGUUUGAUCAGGAUGAAAUUGUUGAUUGGGAUUGCAUUGAACAGAUAAAAAUGUUUUCUACUCAAUUUAUUAAAUGUCCUAUAUGUAUGGAUAUACCAAUAACACCAAAAAUGACUCGUUGUGGUCAUAUAUAUUGUUGGCCUUGCAUUUUACAUUAUUUAGAUAUAAACGAAGAACUUGAUACUGCUGGCUGUCCCAUAUGUCAUUCUAGAAUAUUAAAAAAAGAAUUAAAAAGCGUUGAAAUAAUUAUUAAAGAAGAAUGUUGUGUUGGUCAAUCAAUAACUUUACAAUUAAUGAAGCGUGCUAGAAAUUCUUUGCAAGCAUAUCCGAUAUCUGAACUCCGUAAAAAUACUAUUAAACCAUCUGAUGAUAUUCCUUUAUCAGCGUGUGAAUCUAAUUACUCUACAGCAUAUUCCAGACUUCUAAUUGGUUAUAAAAGCCAAAUUUUAAAUAUUUUAAACCAAGAAAGGGAAGCUCUUGUUCUACUUUUAGACUACUGGGAAACUGAAGACGCAGAAAAAAAAUAUAUAUUUGAAGCUCUUGAAUUAUUAUCAAAAAGAGAAGACAUUUUAAUGAACCAGGAACCAAAUUUGGAAACAAAGGGAAUAAACUGUGAACCUAUGAAUCCUGUACUAAAUGCAAAUCUUGGAUCACCACCGGCAUCACUACAAUCACCGUUAAAGAACAUUUUAGAGAUUCCUGGGUGUUCCAAUCAUGUUGGUAAUGUCUUAGAUGACAAUCCAAAUGCACCUAUAAAAGAAAUGAAGACAAAUUUUAACACUGACAUUAAAGAGGUUUCACAGAAAAAACCUGCCAAAAAAGAUUUUUUUUUCUAUCAAGCUUUGGAUGGUCAGCAUAUAUAUUUAUCAGCAGUUAAUGUAGAAAUGUUAGAAUGUAUGUUUGGAAGUCUAGAAAAUAGCCCACAACAGAUAGAUGCUAUUGUAAUUGAAAAACAAUCCUUAUCGAUGACUGAAGCAUCAAGAAAACGCUAUAGAUUUUUAUUACAUUUACCCAUAACUACUGUUUUUGAAUGGGUUGAAUUAGAUUUGACCAAUAUUGUCAAUCAGGAAACCUUAUUUAUAUUUAAAACCAACUUGGAUGAAAAAAAAGCUAUUAGAGAUAGACGUGCUCGUGAUGAGCAACGACUUGCUAAACGCAUUGAAGAAAGAAAUUCUAAAAAGGAAUUGCCACUUCCUGAAUGGCAUAAUAGGAGUUUAUUUCCAGAAUGUGGCUAUGAUCCAUUUGCUGACAAAAGCAUGAUUCCUUUGAAUGAAUCAAUUGGAAUGACUUCAACUUCAGAUCAUGCUAUAGUAAAUACUUCUAAUGGUUCACCAAGUAAUUUAUCAUUUGCAAAGGCAUUGCAGAAUGAAAGUAUCACAAGUAACUCCUCUUCAUCAAAUCAUGUUUUACCUAAUAUAUCAUCUCAAUGGCCUACAUUGGGUUCUAGACCAAAUUCUAUGUCGAUGAAUAAUAUUCUGGAAGAUGCUGUAGCCAACAUGAACUUACAUGAUAACAGUAAAUCAAAAAAUAAAAAGAAGAAACGCAGCAAAUAUGAACCAAUAUUUUGAAGUUAUGUAAUAUAUUAAUUUUAUUUAUUUAAAGUUUCUGUAAUUUCAUGAACUGUAACAAUUGUACUAAUUAAAAUUAAUUUUAGAAAAAAAUCUUAGUUUUCUUUUAGUUAUUUCAUAACUAAGGUAUAAAUGUUGUUUUAUUUGUAAUUCUAGUAAUUGGCUUGUUAUACUAUAAUAUAAUCAAUAUUUAAUCUACUUUAUCAGCAAAUCAAUAUUUUAUUU